AUGGAAGAUAUAAAGAGGAGGUUCAAAGAAUUCAAAAAUAAUGUUCUGAAUUAUUCAGAGUUUUACGCUACAAUCCUUGGAUUUUUCGUUCUUCAGAUAGUCACCUAUUACGUAGCUUAUUUUGCAGCUAAACAGAAUUUGAUCAUCGAAGUGACUGUGAGAAUAUUCUUUUCAGUCAUAUUCUUCAUAAUCUUGGCUCUUAUAGAACAAAACUUGGAUUAUUAUCAGUUCAGAUGGCUCACUGUUUUAUCUAUAAAUCAGAUUCUAAUCCUUUGGUCUGUGGUAGCCAACCCUUUCCACAGUCUAAUAAUUCUGGCUAUAGUUACCCAUCCUUUACUAAACUAUCUGAAAGCUCUUGAUCUAUAGCGUAUUGACCCAAUGGCGAUACUAGCAUAAAGUUAGAAAGAUUAAGAUGAUAUUCUGCCAUCAGCUGGUUUAGUCCAAAAAAGUACAAGAAAAGAUAGAGCAAUUAUUAAAACCAUAUUUGAUGUGAUUAUUUCUGUGGGACUAUUGGUUCAUUUGAUGUUGUAUAAGGAGGAAUUCACUCCUGAUUUCUUUCAUUUUAUGGUCAACUUAAAUGAGGAUUACUGCCAUUAUAUAUGGAUUCUUACUAUGUGGUUAGCAUUCAAGAGCUUUCUGGUUUAAGACAAAUAAAAUUUAACUAUUCAAGGAAGAGCAAUUUCAGUCCUAAUUUAAGGUGUUUUCGGAUUAACUAUAUCUUCUGAACUCAAUUUACUCUCACUUUCUAUACUUACUGUUUUGAUGGGAGUUGCUUAUGUUAGAGUAGUCUACUAAAAUCAUAUGAACUUGAUGAUUGCUUUCUUUAUAUUCCUCUAUCUAACCUAAAACUUUGUAGUAAAUUUAAUAGAUUUGCUAGUAUUCAAAGCCUACUUAAACAGCGGUUAUUAUCAUGAUGAUGAUUUUUUGAAAUCUUUUAGUUAUAAAGUAUUCCAGGCAUUUAUCAGUUUACUAUUUUCUGCACUUUACAGUCAGUCUAUUUACCCCACACAUCAAAAAAUACUGCUGGCCCCUUAGAUACUUGAAGACUUAUUUUUAAUGACUAUUCCAUCAUGCUUUAUGAUGCUUUUCUGCUUCUUAUAUGAAUUGACCUAUGAGCCAGCUGGUAAAAGAACACGUAUCUACAAAACAGAACUCACCAAGGUCUUUUUCACUAUCCUCUACUUUUUCCUAAUAGCUAUGAUCUUUGCUAAUUGGCUCUAAUCUCUAAGAAAAUUCAUCAAGUUAACUCAAAGAAAGCUUCUACUUUAAGACUAACAAGCAAGAUUUCGACAUGAAGAGCUAAACAGAAGAAUUAAUCAUGAAAGAGAGGAAUAAGUACUAGCAGCUGGAAAAUAAAAGAAGAGAAUCUUAAGAAAGUUUACAUUAACUGACUUCUCAUUGAAUGAAAUCAUUGAUCUAUUUCUAAACUAAUUUGACUAAUUCGUGGUCGAGUAGUGUCAGCAUUUCUUAGACUCUGAAUUUAUGAAUGUAAUGAGGAAUAUCUAGAAUACUUCAGCUAUCCUAUUUUUCAUUUUGGUCCAUAUUCCCUUGUCAAGAGUCUCUUAAUUUUUCGCACUAGUGACAACUAUGAUACCACUAAUUUUAGAUAAGAAAAAUAAAGAGAGAAUAUACAUCUGGGCUUAUAAAGCUGUUGCAUUUAUUACGAGAAAUAUUGACUAAGAACCACCUAAGAUCCUAAGAAAGAGAGGUGUUGACUCCACAAAUUUGAAGGCAAAGAAGUACUUAGAGAUACUGGAAAACUAGAAGAUCUCUAUAGAUAUGACUGUAUUCUUUCUCGGACUGACUCUAGCUGUCUUAUUCAACUACGUCUAUGUGUGCUAUCUCGGUGGUCUAGUUAACUCAAUUUGUGAAAUAAUGAUAAAGCUAUUUGAUAAACUUGGCUUUGAAGUUCACUUUGUCAGAUUAAUUUACUUCACCAUUUUCGAUCAGAGUUCCACAGAUCUCUCUGACACUCAAAAACAACAAUUUUAUCAGUCUCUAAUGAUUGAUCACUUCCAUUUAUUGUUUAUCAUUAUACCUAUGUAUGUGAUAUCACUGCAAUACUUAACUGCUAGUGCACUUGAGCACUACAACAAAAAAGCAAAUGCUUUUAUUGCUCCAUUUGCUGCAAUUCCUAUUUUCUUUUUCUAGAACUAUGAUAUUCUCAUAAUUGCUAUUUUAGUAUUGUGCUGCAACCUAUGGGUAGCUUGGAAAUAAUUAGAUACUGACGAGUAUACCUGGGCAACCUACUAUAGAGACCAGAUUGAGAGAUAAAUAAAAGCUACUCAAAGUAGAUCUAGCUACAUGACAUAAAUAAAUGAUAUAAACCCAUUUACAGAAAUACCCAUGAUAGAUCCACUUUCACUCCAAGGCUAAAAUUCUUAAACAAGCCUUCUUGGAGCAAGCUAAGACUAGCAAGAAGAUAUAGAAGCUUAGAAUAUUAAUCCUGGUUUGCAUAUGUCUUACUAAGUUCAGGAUUAACCAAAGAAGUCAGCAUAAGAUAAAAUGAUAGGGGCAUUUGGAAAGAAAAUGAAUGUUAAUCAAGGAAAUAAGGAUGUAGCUGGGAACAGGAUCAACGAUUUGUUCUCACAGGAGCAAGCGCCUUCAAUAUUAGAGCUGCAAAACUUAUCGAAUAAUAUAAUUUAAUCAUUCAAGGGGGAUAACACUGAAAUAGAUGUCAAAAAGAUUAAAGACUACGAAAAAAUAGUGAAUGAACUGCUCAGGUAAAAAAUUUUCGACAAAGCAGAGGCUAUUCUUAAUAUAAUGGUAAAGAAUGAUUCACAAGCUGUGUACUAUGUUAAGAGAGCGAGGUGCUACAAAAAUAUGAAGAGAUUUAUUGAGGCUACUGAGGAUCUUUAGAUGGCUAUUAGCAUGGCUCCAAAUCUGAAUGCUACUAUUAGUAGUGAAGCAUUUUAUAAUUAGAUGGAGCAUUACUACAGAGACUACGAUAUAAAGUAUUGGUGA